UAAGAAACCAUCUGGAUGGAGAAUUUCCGAGCAGCGACCCUUGCAUUUAUAAGGAGGUAAGGCACCAUAUCCAUUGACGCACAGAAACAAAGAAGGAAAUAAAGGAGAAAGCGAGAGAGAGAAGAUGGUCUUGUUAGAGAAGCUUUGGGACGAUGUCUUGGCCGGACCUCACCCCGACCGUGGCCUUGGCAAGCUCCGGAAGAUCAAAAGCACCAAGCCCCUUGGAUCCAAAGAUGGCGAAGGAGAAAGCAGCAGCAGGUAUCAGAGGUCCCUGUCGCAUCCGGAGACUCCGCCUACUCCGUCGACGCCGACCUCGCUGUCGCCGACGGGAGCGCGUAGGGACAACGUGUGGAGGAGCGUGUUCAAUCCGGGAAGCAACCUCGCCACCAAGGGCAUUGGCGCCGAGGUCUUCGACAAGCCAAACCCUAACUCUCCCACUGUUUAUGACUGGCUCUACAGCGAGGAGACCAGGAGCAAGCAUCGUUGAGGCGGACGGUCACCGGAGGGUGCAUGUAAAUAGUGUCCUUCCCUUGUUUACUGUCUGCCACGCGUUACUGUCGUCGCAAUCGUACUCGUAUUGUGGUUGAUGUCCUAAUUAGGUUUGGGAGUUUACUAAACAUGCUUUCAAGUGGAGUUUUGCUAAGCUGUUAGCCACUGGAGCGGUUAAUCAUGGGCACGAGUUCUUCUUGUCUUUGUAUGAUCUACCGUGGACGGUGGUGAUUGCAUGAUUUGCAUCCUAAUUCCUAUUAUUAUUAAAUAAUAAAAGGGCAGUGUAUUUGUUCUUCUUA